AUGGGGUGGCUGACCACGAUGGGUGCAUGGCGUCCGGCGUCGCUGUGCAUGACACACGGUGGCUGUAAUAUUCUUAUGAGGUUUGUGAAGGUUGCCAUCGUGCUCUUACAUGGUUUUGGUGCCAGCGCCACCCAGACAGCAACCGAGGAUGGCAACGCUGUGAUGAAGGCGGCUUGGUUCUCUACUACCUCACCUGGCGAGGAGGCCAGCGCCUGGAUGAGGUACUCGAUGAACUGCAGCACAAAUGGUGGUGCAAAUGGCCUCCACUCCGUCCUGCUGCCGGGAUGCGCAGGAAGUGCCGGCUCGUGCUACGUCAGCUCUUCAACCUUCCGUCGACUGAUUAUCAACGGUUGCGAGGUCGUCGUGAUGAGUGCGGGUGAUUUUCGUUGUGAUGGGCGCCAAGAUGUCGUGGUCGCAGAUUGCCCAGCGAGUGCACACUUUGGCAUUGAAGAGGACGAGACGUUCGCUCAAGCUCCCACUCCGGUCAAAGCCCCAUACGAGCACAACGCCCGUAUCCUGAUUGGACGCGGAGUGAACAAGACUCUGACUACUAGGACAGUAUCUUCAACCACUGGGAGUUCAACCACGACUCUGACUACUACGACGGUAUCUUCAACAACGAGGAGUUCAACCACGACUCUGACUUCUACGACAGUAUCUUCAACCACUGGGAGUUCAACCACGACUCUGACUUCUACGACAGUAUCUUCAACCACGGGAGUUCUACCACGACUCUGA